CCAAGCGGAGCGCCGCGACGCCUUCGGACGUCUAACGCGCGGCCAGACAUGAGAAAAGUGGGGGAGGGAAGACGCCCGGCGUCAAAGCUUGAGCUUUGAUGAUGUGGAAGCUGGAUGAGAGCCGAGAGAACAUCACUGGACUACUGGUUACGCGGCAUUUAAUAACUCGCUGCAUGUGUUCUAUGCAUUGAGAUACUUAAUUUCUAAAUUCUACGUGUACUUUAAAAGAAUGGCACGAUUCUUCGAAUUUUUUGGACUUUUUGUCCUGUUUGUUAUUGCACAAGCUAUUCCCAAGCCUGAAGAUGAACAGAAAAAUCGUGUGUUGGAUAAGGAUCUUAGUGAACAGGAGCACUUUGUAAACUCACAACAUAAUCCUGAUUACGAUCAUGAAGCCUUUCUUGGUGAGGAUGCAAAGACUUUUGAUCAGUUAACCCCAGAAGAAAGUACUCGUCGCUUGGGAAUCAUUGUUGACAAGAUUGACAAGGAUAAGGAUGGUUUUGUUACUCAGGAAGAACUAAAGGAUUGGAUUAAAUACACGCAACAGCGUUAUAUUCGUGAUGAUGUUGAGCGACAAUGGAAGUCGCACAAUCCUGAUGACAAGGAGAAUCUACCAUGGUCUGAAUACCGUACAAUGGUUUAUGGAUUUAUGGAUGAGGUUAAUGAAGACAAGAACAAGUCCGAGGAUGAAGGAUUUUCAUAUGCAGUAAUGUUGAAACGAGACCGAAGAAGAUGGUCUGUUGCUGAUAAAGAUGGAGAUGAUGCUCUAACAAAGGAGGAAUUUAGUGCAUUCCUACAUCCAGAAGAAUAUGACCACAUGAGAGACGUUGUUGUAUUGGAAACGAUGGAAGAUAUUGAUAAGGAUGGAGAUGGAAAAGUAUCUCUGGCUGAAUACAUUGGUGACAUGUAUCGGGGAGGAGAAGAAGACGAAGAACCAGAGUGGGUGAAAAAUGAGAAGGAGCAGUUCUCCAGUUACCGUGAUAAGGAUGGAGAUGGUUUUAUGAACAACGAAGAAGUGAAAAACUGGAUCAUUCCAGCAGAUUUUGAUCAUGCUGAAGCGGAGUCAAGGCAUUUGAUAUACGAGGCCGACACCGAUGCCGAUCAAAAACUUACUAAGGAUGAAAUUCUGGAGAAAUACGAUAUCUUUGUAGGCUCCCAGGCUACAGACUUUGGCGAGGCACUUGCUCGACAUGAUGAGUUCUAACAAGGAUGAUGGUGAAUAAUUUCUAGGGCAUUCAUUGGCCGCUUCGAACAAAUACGUUUUGCCGCAAUAAUUUUUGUGACUAAGGACUCUGUGAAGAAAGAAAGGCACUCCGCGCCUUUGAAAAUUCGUUAGGCAUUUAUUUAGGCAUUUUUAAUUAUUCUCUUCAUAUUAUUCUUGUAUUUAACUUUAUACUAAUUCGCUCCUUUUUACUCUUACUCAUGAAAUCUCAUUCAAAAUCUCUUAAUAUAUAUUCUGUCGAAUUACUUCAUAAGUAAAUCGUUAUAUUGUCUACUACUAACUCAUAAGUCGCCGAUAAAUAAAUGUGCAUAUUUUAAUAAUAGAUUGACUGUUAAACUGGAAA